AUGGCAUGCUCGAAGCCCAGCGCGCUGCUUCAGCACGCUGCGACCCUCCGUGAUGAAGCCAAGAUGCGGAGCUUCGCAAGCACAUCGCCCUUCGAGAUGUACGUGGUGUCGAUGGAGACCGUACUUCAUAUGACAACCCUUCGUGUACAUGAAGACUUGAUGGCAGAUGGCCUUCUACACAUUUUCCGGGAGGGUAAGGGGUACGCAGCAAUUUUUGUUUCACAUCAGUGGGCUGGAAACGGUCACCCUGAUCCCGACUUCGAGCAGUUUCAGGUCUUGCAAUCCUUUCUCUCCAAGCUCAUAAGUCGUCAAAUCACUUCGAUAUCCGGGAAUAUCUUGGCCGAGUUGUACCUUGACAAGCCGAAGAUUCCUGCCAAGGAGCUGCAGUCCUUCGAGCUGUCAGUUUGGUAUGACUGGUUCAGUGUUCCACAGGCAAAGGAAGCCGUCGCGGCAAGGACAUUGGCAAUCCAGAGCAUCCCGCGCUACGUGGAGACUUGUCAUUACUUCGUCAUGCUCUGCCCUCUGGUGAAGCACCAGCAGGAAGGUACGAUCAUGGGAAAGCGUUCCUACAUCUCGCGUGGAUGGUGUCGGCUAGAACUCGCAGCUCGUAUUCUUAGUGAGCGGGAGUCCUCACACUCCACCAUUGAAGUGCACACGUCCAACCACCAAGUGUGUUCGCCAAUUGGUGAUUGGAUAUUGAAGGCAGUCGGCGAGGGAAGCUUUUCAGUUUCUCGAGACUUGCAUCAUUGCGCUGCAGUGGUGACCGGCAUGAUCGAUAGGAAAUUGGAGCACUUUCUAAAGAAGGACGACCUCCAUAGCUUUCGGGUUCUCUUUAAUCUGCGCAGUGUCAUCUACAGGAGCUUGCCAGCUGUCCCGUCUGCCACCGUCGUGCCGGGAUUUCAGUCUUCGGAAACGGAUCCGGCCAAACACAGUCUAGAGUUGUUCUUACACCAGAAUGGCCUGACAAGUGUUUGUGAUCCUUGUCCGAACGGAUGGACACCGCUGUGCUACGCCGUUCUUGGAGGCAGCCCCUUGUUGGUGAGUGCGCUCUUGGAAGCGAGAGCGAACCCUCAUGAUUGCUUGAAGAAGACCAAGGCAACGCUUUUACCAAACAUUGCAGGCAUCACAGUGCUGCAAGCCUGUAUCUACCUCCGCCACAACGAGGCCGCACAAGUUUUGAUAUCGUUCAAGGCGAAUGUGAAUGCGAAGGACAGUAACGGAGCAGAGGCCAUUCAUUGGGCAUCUUCUUCGAACAAUGUGGAUGCCAUUGGCUUGCUGUGCUCGUUGGGCAGUAGCCCCAUCAAGGCGGUGAGCACGGGUCACUUGCCCUUCGCCAUUGCCAGUGCGACAGACAGCCUCGAAACUCUCCGAGAAUUGCUUCCACGCACCACAAGUGAGUCUGUUCGUUCAGGCUUGCAUUCUGUGUUCUUCUUUGGAGGCACUUCGGGGAAGAUUGUGGCGACUUUGAUCAAUGCCGGGGCAGAUGUGAAUGUCCCAAUGUGCACCUCCUGUAUGAGCACCUUGGGUUUGAUCCUCCGUUUUUUCGCCCUUCGGCACCGGUGGUCCAAGACAGCCCUUAGCACCUUCGCUUACCAUCACCAAGGAGCAACUCCGCUCAUGUGCAGCCUGCUUACAUGUUCUUUCGAAGCAGCUGCAGUUCUUCUUCUUGCCGAUGCCAAGAAGGAGCCGAAGAACGCACGUGGAAAGACUGCGUCUGAUUUUGCGGAGAAGAUGUGUGCCCCGAGCUAUAUCCACAAAGCUCUGCAGGGAGACCUGUCUGAGUGUGAGUCCCUAGACAAUGUCGAAGUGAUGUCCGAACGGCCGCUUGAAUAUCAGGAAGGCUGGAUCCACGUGCCGAGCACUAGCCUGCAGAUUGCCGAGCAUCAGCUCGGUGACCGGCUGGCCGGGCGCGUGGACGUGCCGGACCAUCCGGUCAUGAAUCUCGUGAGGAAACUCCCUCCUUGGGCAGGCCACCCCCUCCCGGAUUGGAUGCCGGCCUCCGUCUGCGAGCUCCACACCGGGAAGGUCGGCGGCAUCGUCCGAGGUGGCCGCUUCCUGCUCCAGCGGCCAAACGGUGCCGUACCUGAGCGCUUGGCUCUUGAAGCCAAGAUGCUACAAACGCGAAAGGACCGGCGCCGGUCCACGGCUCUGGCUGCUGCUCUUGGACUCGGCUUCGCCAUGACAACUGGUGUUGCCAUACACGUCCGAGAGUGGUUGCGCGGAAAGUCCGAGCUCGGGAAGAAGACGUGGCCGCAGCUGGGCGUCUGGCUGCUAUACGUGCCAGUGCUGGUGACGCCGGCUGGGCCCUCGAAGUUUCUCAGAGAGGACGAGACGGAAAUGAAGAAGCUAACUGCACAAACUUCGGUGGAUGCCAUGGUUUCUGCCCGGGCAACGAGUGUCAAUGACGAAGCACACGCACAGUUAAUAAAGCUUGAAGACGAGAUCCAUCACUUGGAGCAUGGGAAAGGCAUCGUCGGAUCCGAAUGGAUUCUUGGUUUGGUGAUGGUUUUCUUCAUCGUGACGAUGAUGGUACUCGUCUGCAUGUCGCACAAUACAGAUCGAAAGAAGUUGAAGGUCGAGGAGAUGACUUGCAAGACCACCUCGGUGUUUGCAGCGAACACCUUCAGCGUGGCCCUCCACGGAGUCUUGAUCGAGCAGAUCGUGAUGGGUAAGAAGCCUGGCCUGGACCUUCCAGCAGGGCCCAUUCGCCUCGCGCAGAUCUAUGGUGUUGUCGCGGUCUUGCUCUUCCUGCUCUCAAACUAUCUCAUCUACAGGUUCAAGGACAAGAGGGAGCGCUUCUUUGCCAUCUGCCAGCUGUCCAGCCACAUGAUCGCCUUCACCCUUGUGAGAGCGCUGGGCUCCUUGCAGUGGAGCGUGAGGGACAAUCCAUGGAAGUGCACCUUAGUCCUUCCCUGGGCGGCCGUUAUGCUCAGGGGCUCUGUCUUCGUCGCGGAGCGCUUGCGUGCGCAGUACAUCACAAGACCUGACGAAGUGCAGUGGGAGUACCGGAAAUCCGGCAAGCAAUGGCGAAGGUUUCCUUGUGAGAUCGGCCGGGAGAUCCAAGCUCAGUGGAGCCGUCGAGGCGGCAGAGAUGGGUCGGACAGUGAAGACAGUGAGCAAAGCCAAAGCGGUCGAAGUGGGCUUGUGUCGUCUGGGGGCAGCUCCAUGCUGGGCGAGCGCCACGUUGUCAUUGCCUUCAACCCAGAUGACCCAGAUGCAACGACCGGAAAGCCACGAGAAGUGCAAGUGCGUCUUCCGGACACUGGUGUUCUGUUUGCGGAUCCCAGUGGGCUGAUGUUCCGGACCGGCGGGGAAGAAGAGUGGAAAGUGAGAUGGCAGUGCCACUGGCACCACUUCGCCGAAGAGGCUUUCCUCGACGGGGCUGGCCUUGUCAUGGGCUUCCUCAUGAUGCAGCUCGUCCUCUACCUCCACACCGGCCACAUGCACUCCACCGAGGGCCUGUUGGUGAAACCGGACCCCUGGGACUGGCCAUUGACGCUGGCGGUGCUCGGAUGGAGCUGUGGCUUUGUCGUGCUUGUCAUCGUCGUGGAGAAGAGCGCCGGGUGUUUCCCGGGCUGGAUGGCUCCGGACUUGGAGAUGCUGUCAGGAUCCUUCUCGGCAGCCUUCGCCUGGUGCCUUUUGCGGUGCGCAGGCCUGAUGGUGCGUCCGCAUUGCACGCUCAUGGACACCUACGUCGUCGUGGCAUUUCCUCUUACUUGGCUGGCCUUCCUGUCAACAGUCUUGGCGAACGUUGUCUUGCCGAGGUACGUCGAAGAUCAGGAGGCAGAGGAAGUGCAGCACUGUAUCGCCAGUGCUGCCGCCAUCGUCGUGGGUCUGGCAUGGGAUAAGGCCUUCGAAUCGCUCACUGUACACAUGACACAGGGCUGGUACGGACACUACGUCAUUGCCAAGGUCUGCAUGGCAGUAUUUGUAUCUCUUUCCGUCUUGCCGGUCUGGUACAACUACUUGGUGCCCCAGGCCAUGCGCUGCCACCACGUCGACGAUGACGUGGAGAAACCCCACGCCGACAACGGCAAGUUCUGA